ACAAGAGCCCAGCCCUGCGCCGAGCGGCGUCCACUUCGUGCGCUCCGCCGCCGGGACAGGACCGGACCCUGCGUGCCAGGGAGCAGCCGCCGCCGCCAGGAAUCCGGGAGCGGGCUCGGGGCUGGGCAGUACCGGGACUCUGCCGGGCAUGGCUGUGCCGGGGAGCUGAGAGCCACUGACCCGCAGGCUGGGAAGUUGAUACCGAAGGUCAGCAAGUGAAGAGAGGAAUUCCUGGGGCGGUUCCAGCCAGGACCAAAGUCCCAACAAGAUGGAGAAGGAAGAGGAAGAAACACGGGAGAUCCUACUCCCCAACUGGCAAGGAAGUGGCUCUCAUGGUAUCACCAUUGACCAGACGGAAGAUGGGGUCUUCGUGAAGCAGGUGGUGCAGACUUCCCCUGCUGCCAGAACUGUGAAGGAAGGUGAUCAGAUUGUGAGUGCCACCAUCUAUUUUGACAACCUGCAGUCCGGAGAGGUCACGCAGUUGCUGAACAGCAUGGGCCACCACACGGUGGGGCUGCGGCUGCAGCGAAAGGGGGACAAGUCUCCAUUGCCGGGACAGUCAUGGUCACACGAUGUGUUCUCACCCAGGAGCCCAGAAGUUGUUCUGAGUGGGGAUGACGAAGAGUACAGGAGAAUAUACACAACGAAAAUUAAACCACGUCUGAAGUCAGAAGAUGCAGCAGAAGCUGAACACACAGAAAGCAGAACCAUUACCGUCACCAAAAAGGUCACAGCUUAUACCGUAGAUGUCACUGGACAUGAGGGAGCAAGAGAGAUUGACAUCAGCAGCCCAGAAUUUAAAGUUAAGAUUCCCAGCCAUCAACUCACUCAUAUAACAACAACAGAAAUUGAAAAAGAACCUGGGAAAACCGUGAUCAAAAUACCACAGGUGGAUUUGUCUGGGAAAACAACCCGAUCAACAGACUUCAGUAUGGGGAUCAGAGGUAGACCUAGUGGCAUCUCAUAUUCUGGACCAACAGUUGAAUCAUCCACCAAAAGGUUGGACUUUGGUGCCCCUGACGUGCACAUGAGAGAGCCCAAGGUGGACACUGAGAUAAAUGUCUCAGGACCUCAAGUCACAGGCGCUCACCUGAGAACCCAGACAGACUUUAAACCAGCAGAAAUCCAAGUUCCAGGUGUGGACGUUGUCAAAUCAGUUAAUGUUUCUGGCACUAGAGUCACAAGCCCAGAGAGCAGCUUGCCCAGAAUCGAUGCAAACGGACAGCAGGGAAACCUGGAUGCAAAUAUUCACAUUACCGGCCCUAAAUUAAAUGGAAAAAUGGGUGUUUCAGGUAUAGAUGUUAAAACUGAAGUUCCAGGAGGCAAACUGCCGCAAUUUGAUAUUUCAGGCUCCAAGAUAAAAAGUGAUAUGGAAGGUCCCAAAGUUGAUGUAUCAUUUUCAAAAAUCAAGGGUCCUUCAGUUGAUAUUUCUGGCCCUAAGAUUCAAAGUGAUAUCAAAGCUCCAAGGGUGGACAUUCCUCUUUCGAGCAUUGAAGGUGAUAUGCAGGACAUUAAAGCUCCAGGAAUUAACAUUGAAAGCCCAGGAAAAAUAAAAAUGCCUGUAAUGAAGAUGCCUAAAUUUGGCUUCUCACCUUCAGCUUCUGAUACUGAUGUUCGAGCACCACAGGCAGGUGUAGACGUUUCUGCACCAAAGAUACAGGCUCCUCACCUGGAUAUCACAGCUCCAUCUGUUCAUAUGGAAGGUCCAAAGGAAAAACUGAAAUUUACAGUGCCUUCAGUGGAAGGUGCUAAAGUUGCAAAGCCACAUGUGGACAUGGCUCUCAAAGGACUUCAGUUGAAGGGAGUGGUGGAAGUGUCCUCUCCAACACUAGAAGGUCCCAAAGUUGGUGUCAAGGAUCCCAAGACUGAUCUUGCGGCUCCUGAUGUUGAUAUUCAAAGUGGUGAAGGAAAAAUAAAAUUGCCCGCAAUGAAAUUUCCUAAAUUUACUGCAUCAGGUUUCAAAGGGGAAGGCCCUGGUGUGGGUGUGACGCUUCCUAAGGGGGAGGUUGCUAUUGCAGGCCCCAAGGUAGACAUUAGCACACCAGAUAUAGACAUUGGAGGAGAAUGGAAAGUCCCCAAAUUUAGGAAGCCUGAAUUAAUUAGUCAGACACCAAAAAUCACUAUGUCAGAUGUGGACCUGAGUCUGAAAGGCCCUAGCCUGAAGGGAGAUGUGGGUAUUUCAGGGCCAAGGAUAGAAGGGGAUCUGAAAGGACCCACUGUGGACAUAAAAGGCCCCAAGCUAGAUAUAGAUGCUCCUGACAUUGACAUCAAAGGGCCAGAAGGACACCUGAAAGGUCCCAAAUUUAAGAUGCCUGAAAUGCACAUAAAGACUCCUAAAAUCUCCAUGCCAGACAUCGACUUGAAUCUGAAGGAUCCUAAACUGAAAGGAGAUGUGGAUGUUUCAGUGCCAAAGCUGGAAGGGGAGUUGAAAGCUCCUGGAAUUGACAUUAAAGGCCCCAAAGUGGACAUUGAUGCACCAGAUGUGAAUAUUCACAGCCCAGAUGGUAAACUGAAAAUGCCUAAACUGAAAAUGCCAAAAUUCAGCGUGCCUGGGCUGAAAGGGGAAGGACCAGACGUGGAUGUAACACUUCCAAAGGGGGAGGUGGAUAUUUCCAGUCCGAAGGUAGAAACUGAUGCUCCAGGAUUGGACGUUGAAGGACCCAAGGGAGAACUAAAAGGUCCCAAAUUUAAGAUGCCUGAAAUGCACAUCAAGACACCAAAAAUCUCCAUGCCAGAUGUGGACAUGAAUCUAAAUGCCCCCAAGCUGAAGGGAGAUGGUGGUAUUUCAGGGCCAAGGAUCGCAGGGGAUCUGAAAGGACCCACUGUGGACAUUAAAGGCCCCAAACUAGAUAUUGAAGCUCCUGGCAUUAACCUUGAAAAUCCUGAAGGUCAGUUGGAAGGGCCCAAGUUCUCAGUGCCUUCUUGGAAAAUGUCACCAUCAAAAGUAUCCAUGUCGGAUGUGGAUAUAAAUCUGCAAGGGCCUAAGCUGAAGGGAGACAUGGAUGUUUCUGAACCACAAAUCGGAGGUGACUUGAAGGGACCUCAGAUUGACAUAAAAGGCCCCAACCUAGAUAUAGAUGCUCCUGACAUUGACAUCAAAGGGCCAGAAGGACACCUGAAAAGCCCCAAAUUUAAGAUGCCUGAAAUGCACAUCAAGACCCCUAAAAUCUCCAUGCCAGACAUCGAUUUGAAUCUGAAGGGUCCUAAACUGAAGGGAGAUGUGGAUGUUUCUGUUCCAAAGAGACAAAGUGAUUUGAAGGGGCCUGAGUUUGAUAUCAAAGGCCCCAAAGUUGACCUAGAUGCACCAGAUGUGGAUCUUCAUGGCCUAGAAGGUAAAUUCAAAAUGCCCAAGUUUGGAAUCCCUGGGUUCAAAGGGGAGGGACCAGAUGUGGAUGUAAGCCUUCCAAAAGGGGAGAUUGCUCUCUCAGGUCCUAAAGUAGACAUUGAUGCUCCUGAUUUGGAUAUUGAAGGGCCAGAGGGAAAACUGAAAGGUCCCAAAUUUAGGAUGCCUGAAAUGCACAUCAAGGCACCCAAAAUCUCCAUGCCAGAUGUUGAUUUACACUUGAAAGGUUCUAAACUGAAGGGAGACGUGGAUGUUGCUGUUCCAAAGACACAAGGUGAUUUGAAAGGUCCUGAAUUUGAUCUUAAAGGCCCCAAAGUUGACAUUGAUGCACCAGAUGUGGAUAUUCACGGUCCAGAGGGUAAACUCAAAAUGCCUAAACUGAAAAUGCCUAAAUUUGGUGUACCUGGGCUGAAAGGGGAGGGACCAGAUGUGGAUAUAGCACUUCCAAAGGGAGAGGUGGAUAUUUCUGGUCCCAAGAUAGACAUAGAUGCUCCAGGUUUGAACAUGGAAGGGCCUGAAGGACACCUGAAAGGUCCCAAAUUUAAGAUGCCUGAAAUGCACAUCAAGACCCCUAAAAUCUCCAUGCCUGACAUCAACUUGAAUCUGAAAGGCCCUAAACUGAAGGGAGAUGUGGAUGUUUCUGGUCCAAAGCUGGAAGGGGAAUUGAAAGCUCCUGAAAUUGAUAUCAGAGGCCCCAAAGUGGACAUUGAAGCACCAGAUGUGGAUAUUCACGGCCCAGACGGUAAACUGAAAAUGCCUAAACUGAAAAUGCCUAAAUUUGGUGUAUCUGGGCUGAAAGGGGAGAGACCAGACAUGGAUAUAACAUUUCCAAAAGGGGAUGUGGGUAUUUCCGGUCCCAAAGUGGACAUUGAUAUCCCAAGUGUAGACAUUGAAGGGCCAGAAGGUAAAGUGAAAGGUCCCAAGUUUAAACUGCCUGAGCUAAAUAUUCAGACACCCAAAGUCUCCAUGCCAGAUGUGGACCUAGGUUUGAAGGCACCUAAACUGAAAGGAGAUAUGGAUAUCUCUGUUCCAAAGAUGGAAGGUGAUUUGAAAGGACCCAGCAUUGAUGUUAAGGGGCCCCAAAUUGAUAUUGAAGGUCCCCAAAUGGAUAUUGACGUGCCUAACUUGGACUUGGAAUGUCCGGAAGGCAAACUGAAAGGCCCCAAAUUUAGGAUGCCUAAAAUGAAUAUCAAGGCCCCUAAAAUCUCCAUGCCAGAUGUUGAUCUGAAUCUAAAUGCACGUAAAAAAGGAGAGAUGGAUAUUUCUGUUCCAAAGAUGGGAGGUGAUUUUAAAGGACCCAGCAUUGACAUUAAAGGCCCCAAAGUUGACGCUGAUGUUCCUGAUAUUGACCUUGAAUGUCCAGAAGCCAAACUGAAAAUGCCAAAAAUGAAGUUUCCAAAGUUUGGCAUGCCUGGAUUCAAAGGACAGGGCUCUGACAUGGAUGUGAAACUCCCUAAGGGACAGGUGGAUAUUUGCGGUCCCAAAGUGGAUAUUGAUGCUCCAGGUUUGGAUAUUGAAGGACCAGAAGGAAAAAUAAAAGGUCCCAAAUUUAAGAUGCCUGAAAUGCACAUCAAGACUCCUAAAAUCUCCAUGCCAGAUAUUGACCUAAAUUUGAAAGGUCCCAGACUAAAAGGAGAUGUGGAUGUUUCUAUUCCAAAGCUAGAAGGUGAUUUGAAAGGUCCUGAUGUUGACAUCAAAGCCCCCUCAAUAGAUAUUAAUGCACCAGAUAUUGAGCUGCAGGGUUCAGGUGGAAAACUGAAAAUGCCCAAAAUGAAGAUGCCUCAAUUUAAUGUGUCAGGCCCUAAACUUGAAGGACCUGAUAUAGAUGUAAACGUGCCAAAGGGAGAGGUUGAUAUUUCAGCUCCCAAAGUAGAUAUAGAGGCUCCAGAGCUGGACAUUGAAGGCCCAGAAGGCAAAUGGAAAGGACCUAAAUUUAAAAUGCCUAAACUGAAUAUUAAAGCACCUAAAAUCUCCAUGCCAGAUGUAGACCUGAAUCUCAAGGCACCAAAAAUGAAGGGGGAGAUGGAUGUUACUGUUCCAAAGAUAGAAGGUGAAUUGACAGGACCUGAAAUUGAUAUUAAAGGGCCAAAAUUAGACAUUGAGGCACCUGAUAUGGAUCUUGAGUGUCCUGAAGGAAAACUGAAAGGGCCCAAAUUCUCAAUGCCUUCUUGGAAAAUGUCACCAUCAAAAAUAUCCAUGCCAGAGGUGGACUUAAAUCUGAAAGGGCCCAAACUGAAGGGAGACUUGAAUGUUUCUGUCCCAAAGAUAGAAGGUGACUUGAAGGGACCUGAGAUUGAUAUGAAAGGCCCCAGACUGGACAUUGAUGCAUCUGACAUCAGCAUUGACAGGCCAGAAGGAAAAAUGAAAGGACCCAAAUUUAAAAUGCCUGAAAUGCACAUCAAGGCCCCAAAAAUCUCUGUUCCUGAUGUAGACCUGAAUUUAAAAGCCCCUAAAAUAAAAGGGGAAGCUGAUAUUUCCGCUCCUAAACUUGAAGGAGAUUUGAAAGGUCCUGAUUUUGAUUUCAAAGGCCCCAAGGUUGAUAUUGAUGCACCAGAUGUGGAUACUCAUGGCCCAGAGGGUAAAUUCAGAAUGCCCAAAUUCAAGAUGCCCAAAUUCAGCAUGCCUGGGUUCAAAGGAGAGGGACCAGACGUGGAUGUGAAGCUUCCAAAAGGGGAAAUGGAUAUUUCUGGUCCCAAAAUAGACAUUGAUGCUCCGGAGUUGGAUAUUGAAGGUCCUGAAGGAAGGCUGAAAGGUCCCAAAUUCAAGAUGCCAGAAAUGCACAUCAAGGCACCCAAAAUCUCCAUGCCAGACAUUGAUUUGAAUGUGAAAGGUCCCAAAAUGAAGGGAGAUGUGGAUGUUUCCAUUCCAAAGCUAGAAGGUGACUUGAAGGGUCCUGAAUUUCAUCUCCAAGGCCCCAAAGUUGACAUUGAGGCACCAGAUGUGGAUGUUCACGGCCCAGAGGGUAAACUCAAAAUGCCUAAAUUCAAAAUGCCCAAAUUUGGUGUGCCUGGUUUCAAAGGGGAAGACCCUGAUGUGGAUGUAAAACUUCCAAAGGGGGAGGUGGAUAUUUCUGGGCCCAAGGUGGACAUAAAUGCCCCAGAUUUAAACAUUGAAGGUCCAGAGGGAAAGCUGAAAGGUCCCAAAUUUAAGAUGCCUGAAAUGCACAUCAAGGCACCUAAAAUCUCCAUGCCAGAUCUUGAUUUGAAGCUGAAAGGACCUAAAGUGAAGGGAGAUGUGGAUAUGUCUGUUCCAAAGAUUGAGGGUGAUUUGAAAGGUCCUGAGUUUGAUAUCAAAGGCCCCGAAGUUGACAUUGCUGCACCAGACGUGGAUCUUCAUGGCCCAGAGGGUAAACUCAAAAUGCCUAAAUUCAAAAUGCCCAAGUUUGGAAUGCCUGGGUUCAAAGGAGAGGGACCAGACGUGGAUGUAAGCCUUCCAAAAGGGGAGAUUGAUCUCUCAGGUCCAAAAGUAGACAUUAAUGCUCCUGAUUUGGAAAUUGAAGGGCCAGAAGGACACAUAAAAGGUCCUAAAUUUAAGAUGCCUGAAAUGCACAUCAAGACACCCAAAAUCUCCAUGCCAGAUGUUGAUUUACACUUGAAAGGCCCUAAAGUGAAGGGAGAUGUGGAUGUAUCUGUUCCAAAGAUUGAGGGUGAUUUGAAAGGGCCUGAGUUUGAUAUCAGAGGCCCCAAAGUUGAUCUUGAUGCACCAGAUGUGGAUCUUCAUGGCCCAGAGGGUAAACUCAAAAUGCCUAAAUUCAAAAUGCCCAAAUUUGGCAUGCCUGGGUUCAAAGGAGAGGGACCUGAUGUGGAUGUAAGCCUUCCGAAAGGGGAGAUUGAUCUCUCAGGUCCAAAAGUAGACAUUAAUGCUCCUGAGUUGGAUAUUGAAGGGCCAGAAGGACACCUAAAAGGUCCUAAAUUUAAGAUGCCUGAAAUGCACAUCAAGGCACCCAAAAUCUCCAUGCCAGAUGUUGAUUUACACUUGAAAGGCCCUAAAGUGAAGGGAGAUGUGGAUGUGUCUGUUCCAAAGAUUGAGGGUGAUUUGAAAGGGCCUGAGUUUGAUAUCAAAGGCCCCAAAAUUGACCUUGAUGCACCAGAUGUGGAUCUUCAUGGCCCAGAGGGUAAACUCAAAAUGCCUAAAUUCAAAAUGCCCAAAUUUGGCAUGCCUGGGUUCAAAGGGGAGGGACCAGACGUGGAUGUAAGCCUCCCAAAAGGGGAGAUUGAUCUCUCAGGUCCAAAAGUAGACAUUGAUGCUCCUGAUUUGGAAAUUGAAGGGCCAGAUGGGAAAUGGAAAGGUCCUAAAUUUAAGAUGCCUGAAAUGCACAUCAAGGCACCCAAAAUCUCCAUGCCAGAUGUUGAUUUACACUUGAAAGGCCCUAAAGUGAAGGGAGAUGUGGAUGUGUCUGUUCCAAAGAUCGAGGGUGAUUUGAAGGGGCCUGAGUUUGAUAUCAAAGGCCCCAAAGUUGACCUUGAUGCACCAGAUGUGGAUCUUCAUGGCCCAGAGGGUAAACUCAAAAUGCCUAAAUUCAAAAUGCCCAAAUUUGGCAUGCCUGGGUUCAAAGGGGAGGGACCAGACGUGGAUGUAAGCCUUCCAAAAGGGGAGAUUGAUCUUUCAGGUCCAAAAGUAGACAUUGAUGCUCCUGAUUUGGAUAUUGAAGGGCCAGAUGGGAAAUGGAAAGGUCCUAAAUUUAAGAUGCCUGAAAUGCACAUCAAGGCACCCAAAAUCUCCAUGCCAGAUGUUGAUUUACACUUGAAAGGCCCUAAAGUGAAGGGAGAUGUGGAUGUGUCUGUUCCAAAGAUUGAGGGUGAUUUGAAGGGGCCUGAGUUUGAUAUCAGAGGCCCCAAAGUUGAUCUUGAUGCACCAGACGUGGAUCUUCAUGGCCCAGAGGGUAAACUCAAAAUGCCUAAAUUCAAAAUGCCCAAAUUUGGCAUGCCUGGAUUCAAAGGGGAGGGCCCUGAUGUGGAUAUAAAACUUCCAAAGGGGGAGGUGGAUAUUUCUGGGCCCAAGGUAGACAUAGAUGCCCCAGAUUUGAACAUUGAAGGUCCAGAGGGAAAGUUGAAAGGUCCCAAAUUUAAGAUGCCUGAUAUGCAUUUCAAUGUUCCUAAAAUCUCCAUGCCAGACAUUGAUUUGAAUAUGAAAGGUCCUAAAUUGAAGGGGGAUGUGGAUGUUUCUGUACCAAAGCUAGAAGGGGAUUUGAAAGGGCCUGAGUUUGAUAUCAAAGGUCCCAAAGUGGACAUAGAUGCCCCUGAUGUGGAGAUUGAAGGUCCAGAUGGGAAAUGGAAAGGCCCCAAAUUUAAGAUGCCCGACAUGCAUUUUAAAGCACCUAAAAUCUCCAUGCCAGACAUUAACCUUAAUUUGAGAGGCCCUAAAGUGAAGGGUGAUGUGGAUGUCUCUGUUCCAAAACUAGAAGGGGAUUUGAAGGGGCCUGAGGUGGAUAUCAGGGGCCCUAAAUUGGACAUAGAUGCCCCUGAUGUGGAGAUUGAAGGCCCUGAUGGGAAAUGGAAAGGUCCUAAAUUUAAGAUGCCUGAGAUGCACAUCAAGGCACCUAAAAUCUCCAUGCCAGAUGUUGAUUUACACUUGAAAGGUCCUAAAGUGAAGGGAGAUGUGGAUGUGUCUGUUCCAAAGAUUGAGGGUGAUUUGAAGGGGCCUGAGUUUGAUAUCAAAGGCCCCAAAGUUGACCUUGAUGCACCAGAUGUGGAUCUUCAUGGCCCAGAGGGUAAACUCAAAAUGCCUAAAUUCAAAAUGCCGAAAUUUGGCAUGCCUGGGUUCAAAGGGGAGGGACCAGACGUGGAUGUAAGCCUUCCAAAAGGGGAGAUUGAUCUCUCAGGUCCAAAAGUAGACAUUGAUGCUCCUGAUUUGGAAAUUGAAGGGCCAGAUGGGAAAUGGAAAGGUCCUAAAUUUAAGAUGCCUGAAAUGCACUUCAAGGCACCCAAAAUCUCCAUGCCAGAUGUUGACUUACGCUUGAAAGGCCCUAAAGUGAAGGGAGAUGUGGAUGUGUCUGUUCCAAAGAUUGAGGGUGAAUUGAAGGGGCCUGAGUGUGAUAUCAAAGGCCCCAAAGUUGACCUUGAUGCACCAGAUGUGGAUCUUCAUGGCCCAGAGGGUAAACUCAAAAUGCCCAAAUUCAAAAUGCCCAAAUUUGGCAUGCCUGGGUUCAAAGGGGAGGCACCAGAUGUGGAUGUAAGCCUUCCAAAAGGGGAGAUUGAUCUCUCAGGUCCAAAAGUAGACAUUGAUGCUCCUGAUUUGGAAAUUGAAGGGCCAGAUGGGAAAUGGAAAGGUCCUAAAUUUAAGAUGCCUGAAAUGCACAUCAAGGCACCCAAAAUCUCCAUGCCAGAUGUUGAUUUACACUUGAAAGGCCCUAAAAUGAAGGGAGAUGUGGAUGUGUCUGUUCCAACGAUCGAGGGUGAUUUGAAGGGGCCUGAGUUUGAUAUCAAAGGCCCCAAAGUUGAUCUUGAUGCACCAGAUGUGGAUCUUCAUGGCCCAGAGGGUAAACUCAAAAUGCCUAAAUUCAAAAUGCCCAAGUUUGGAAUGUCUGGGUUGAAAGGGGAGGCACCAGACAUGGAUGUAAGCCUUCCAAAAGGGGAGAUUGAUCUUUCAGGUCCAAAAGUAGACAUUGAUGCUCCUGAUUUGGAAAUUGAAGGGCCAGAUGGGAAAUGGAAAGGUCCUAAAUUUAAGAUGCCUGAAAUGCACAUCAAGGCACCCAAAAUCUCCAUGCCAGAUGUUGAUUUACACUUGAAAGGCCCUAAAGUGAAGGGAGAUGUGGAUGUGUCUGUUCCAAAGAUUGAGGGUGAUUUGAAGGGGCCUGAGUUUGAUAUCAAAGGCCCCAAAGUUGAUCUUGAUGCACCAGACGUGGAUCUUCAUGGCCCAGAGGGUAAACUCAAAAUGCCUAAAUUCAAAAUGCCCAAAUUUGGCAUGCCUGGGUUCAAAGGGGAGGGACCAGAUGUGGAUAUAAAACUUCCAAAGGGGGAGGUGGAUAUUUCUGGGCCCAAGGUAGACUUAGAUGCCCCAGAUUUGAACAUUGAAGGUCCAGAGGGAAAACUGAAAGGUCCCAAAUUUAAGAUGCCUGAUAUGCAUUUCAAUGUUCCUAAAAUCUCCAUGCCAGACAUUGAUUUGAAUUUGAAAGGUCCUAAACUGAAGGGGGAUGUGGAUGUUUCUGUACCAAAGCUAGAAGGGGAUUUGAAAGGGCCUGAGUUUGAUAUCAAAGGUCCCAAAGUGGACAUAGAUGCCCCUGAUGUGGAGAUUGAAGGUCCAGAUGGGAAAUGGAAAGGCCCCAAAUUUAAGAUGCCCGACAUGCAUUUUAAAGCACCUAAAAUCUCCAUGCCAGACAUUGACUUUAAUUUGAAAGGCCCUAAAGUGAAGGGUGAUGUGGAUGUUUCUGUACCAAAACUUGAAGGGGAUUUGAAGGGGCCUGAGGUUGAUAUCAGAGGCCCUAAAUUGGACAUAGAUGCCCCGGAUGUGGAGAUUGAAGGCCCUGAUGGGAAAUGGAAAGGUCCUAAAUUUAAGAUGCCUGAGAUGCACAUCAAGGCUCCCAAAAUCUCCAUGCCAGAUGUUGAUUUACACCUGAAAGGUCCUAAAGUGAAGGGAGAUGUGGAUGUGUCUGUUCCAAAGAUCGAGGGUGAUUUGAAGGGGCCUGAGUUUGAUAUCAAAGGCCCCAAAGUUGACCUGGAUGCACCAGACGUGGAUCUUCAUGGCCCAGAGGGUAAACUCAAAAUGCCUAAAUUCAAAAUGCCCAAGUUUGGAAUGCCAGGGUUCAAAGGAGAGGCACCAGACAUGGAUGUAAGCCUUCCAAAAGGGGAGAUUGAUCUCUCAGGUCCAAAAGUAGACAUUGAUGCUCCUGAUUUGGAAAUUGAAGGGCCAGAUGGGAAAUGGAAAGGUCCUAAAUUUAAGAUGCCUGAGAUGCACAUCAAGGCACCCAAAAUCUCCAUGCCAGAUGUUGAUUUACACCUGAAAGGUCCUAAAGUGAAGGGAGAUGUGGAUGUGUCUGUUCCAAAGAUCGAGGGUGAUUUGAAGGGGCCUGAGUUUGAUAUCAAAGGCCCCAAAGUUGACCUUGAUGCACCAGACGUGGAUCUUCAUGGCCCAGAGGGUAAACUCAAAAUGCCUAAAUUCAAAAUGCCCAAGUUUGGAAUGCCAGGGUUCAAAGGAGAGGCACCAGACAUGGAUGUAAGCCUUCCAAAAGGGGAGAUUGAUCUUUCAGGUCCAAAAGUAGACAUUGAUGCUCCUGAUUUGGAAAUUGAAGGGCCAGAUGGGAAAUGGAAAGGUCCUAAAUUUAAGAUGCCUGAAAUGCACAUCAAGGCACCCAAAAUCUCCAUGCCAGAUGUUGAUUUACACUUGAAAGGCCCUAAAGUGAAGGGAGAUGUGGAUGUGUCUGUUCCAAAGAUCGAGGGUGAUUUGAAGGGGCCUGAGUUUGAUAUCAAAGGCCCUAAAAUUGAUCUUGAUGCACCAGAUGUGGAUCUUCAUGGCCCAGAGGGUAAACUCAAAAUGCCUAAAUUCAAAAUGCCCAAAUUUGGAAUGUCUGGGUUGAAAGGGGAGGUACCAGACAUGGAUGUAAGCCUUCCAAAAGGGGAGAUUGAUCUCUCAGGUCCAAAAGUAGACAUUGAUGCUCCUGAUUUGGAUAUUGAAGGACCAGAAGGAAAAUGGAAAGGUCCUAAAUUUAAGAAGCCUGAAAUGCAUUUUAACGUUCCUAAAAUAUCCAUGCCAGAUAUUGAUUUAAAUUUGAAAGGUCCUAAACUGAAGGGAGAUGUGGAUGUUUCUCUUCCCAAAGUAGGGGGUGAUUUGAAAGCUCCCAAAGUUGAAGUGAAAGGACCAGAUAUUGAUCUUGACGCUCCAAAACUUGAUAUAGAAGGAAAGACAAAAAAAUCAAGAUUUAAACUUCCUAAAUUCAGUUUUUCUGGCCCUAAAGUUCAAACCCCUGAGGUGGAUGUGAAACUUAAGAAAUCUGAUAUUGAUAUUUCUGGACCAAAGGUGGAUGUGAGUGCUCCAGAUGUGGAUAUUCAGGGGAAAGCAAAAGGAUCUAAAUUUAAAAUGCCUUUCCUGAGUAUUUCAUCACCUAAAGUGUCAAUGCCAGACGUGGAGUUAAAUCUGAAAGGGCCUAAACUGAAAGGAGACCUAGAUGUUUCUGGCCCAAAGUUAGAAGGGGAUUUAAAAGGGCCUGAAGUUGACAUCAAAAGCCCCCAAAUAGACAUCAAUGUACCAGAUGUUGAUAUUCACGGCCCAGAGGGUAAACUCAAAAUGCCCAAAUUGAAAAUGCCUAAAUUUGGCACACCUGGGCUCAAAGGAGAGGCACCAGAUGUGGAUGUAAAACUUCCGAAAGGGGAGGUGGAUGUUUCAGGUCCCAAGAUAGACAUUGAUGCUCCAGAUUUGGAAAUUGAAGGUCCUGAUGGAAAACUGAAAGGCCCCAAAUUUAAGAUGCCUGAAAUGCAUUUCACUGUUCCUAAAAUCUCCAUGCCAGACAUUGAUUUGAAUUUGAAAGGUCCUAAAUUGAAGGGGGAUGUGGAUGUUUCUGUACCAAAGCUAGAAGGGGAUUUGAAAGGGCCUGAGUUUGAUAUCAAAGGUCCCAAAGUGGACAUAGAUGCCCCUGAUGUGGAGAUUGAAGGUCCUGAAGGAAAAUGGAAAGGCCCCAAAUUUAAGAUGCCUGAAAUGAAUAUCAAGGCACCGAAAGUCUCAAUGCCUGACAUUGAUUUUAACCUCAAGAGCCCUAAACUGAAGGGAGACAUAGAUGUUUCUGGCCCUAAGCUGGAAGGAGAUUUGAAGGGGCCUGAAAUUGAUAUCAGAAGUCCCAAAGUGGACAUUGGUGCACCAAACGCAGAUAUUCACGGCCCAGAGGGUAAACUCAAAAUGCCUAAAUUCAGAAUGCCCAAAUUUGGAAUGCCUGGGUUCAAAGGAGAGGGACCAGAUGUGGAUGUAAGCCUUCCAAAGGGGGAGAUUGAUAUUUCAGGACCUAAAAUAGACAUUGAUGCUCCUGAUGUGGAGAUUGAAGGACCAGAAGGAAAAUGGAAAGGUCCAAAAUUUAAGAUGCCUGAAAUGAAUAUUAAGGCCCCUAAAAUCUCCAUGCCAGAUGUUGAUUUGAAUUUGAAAGGCCCUAAAUUGAAGGGUGAUGUGGAUGUUUCUGUUCCAAAAUUAGAAGGGGAUUUGAAAGGCCCAGAAGUCGAUAUCAAAGGCCCUAAACUGGACAUAGAUGCCCCUGAUGUGGAGAUUGAAGGCCCAGAGGGAAAAUGGAAAGGCCCCAAAUUUAAAAUGCCCGACAUGCAUUUUAAAGCGCCUAAAAUCUCCAUGCCAGACUUUGAUUUGAACCUGAGAGGCCCUAAAGUAAAGGGGGAUGUGGAUGUUUCUGUACCAGAUUUUGAAGGUGAUAUGAAAGGCCCAGAAGUUGAUAUUAAAGGUCCCAAAUUGGACAUAGAUGCUCCAGAUCUUGACAUUGAUGGUCCAGAGGGAAAGCUGAAAGGUCCUAAAUUUAAGAUGCCUGAGAUGCAUUUCAAGGCACCUAAAAUCUCCAUGCCAGACAUUGAUUUGAAUUUGAAAGGUCCUAAAUUGAAGGGGGAUGUGGAUGUUUCUGUUCCAAAAUUAGAAGGGGAUUUGAAAGGGCCUGAGUUUGAUAUCAAAGGUCCCAAAAUGGACAUAGAUGCCCCUGAUGUGGAGAUUGAAGGCCCUGAUGAGAAAUGGAAAGGCCCCAAAUUUAAGAUGCCUGACAUGCAUUUUAAAGCACCUAAAAUCUCCAUGCCAGACAUUGACUUUAAUUUGAAAGGUCCUAAAGUGAAGGGGGAUGUGGAUGUUUCUGUUCCACAACUAGAAGGGGAUUUGAAGGGGCCUGAGGUUGAUAUCAGAGGCCCUAAAUUGGACAUAGAUGCCCCUGAUGUGGAGAUUGAAGGCCCUGAUGGGAAAUGGAAAGGCCCCAAAUUUAAGAUGCCUGACAUGCAUUUUAAAGCACCUAAAAUCUCCAUGCCAGACAUUGACUUUAAUUUGAAAGGUCCUAAAGUGAAGGGGGAUGUGGAUGUUUCUGUUCCAAAACUAGAAGGGGACUUGAAGGGGCCUGAGGUUGAUAUCAGAGGCCCUAAAUUGGAUGUGGACUUCAACCUUAAGGGCCCUAAUCUGAAAGGAGAUCUAGAUGUUUCUGGACCUAAGUUGGAAGGGGAUUUGAAAGGUCCUGAAUUUGAUAUCAAAGGUCCCAAAGUGAACAUUGAUGCCCCAGACAUUGAUAUUCAUGGCCCAGAAGGAAAACUGAAAAUGCCCCAAAUGAAAUUUCCUAAAUUCAGCAUGCCUGGGUUCAAAGGGGAAGGCCCAGAUGUGGAUGUAAAUCUCCCAGAAGGAGGGGUUGAUAUUUCGGGUCCUAAGAUAGACAUUGAUGCCCCCAAUUUGGAUAUUGAAGGGCCUGAAGGAAAAUUGAAAGGUCCCAAAUUUAAAAUGCCUGAAAUGCACAUCAAGGCACCUAAAAUCUCCAUGCCAGACAUUGAUUUAAAUUUAAAAGGCCCUAAAAUUAAAGGAGACGUGGAUGUUUCUGUCCCUAAGAUAGAAGGUGAUUUAAAAGGUCCAGAGAUAGACAUUAAAUCCCCCAAAAUGUCUGUUGAUGUUCCUCAUCUUGACAUUGAAGGUCCAGAAGGAAAACUGAAAGGUCCUAACUUUAAGAUGCCAGAAAUGCACAUUAAAGCACCCAAAAUCUCCAUGCCAGAUAUAGACCUGAAUCUAAAGGCACCUAAACUGAAAGGAGACCUAGAUCUUUCUGGUCCAAAAAUAGAGGGUGAUUUGAAAGGUCCUGAAUUUGAUAUCAAAGGUCCCAAAGUGGACAUUGAUGCACCAGACAUCGAUAUUCAUGGCCCUGAAGGAAAACUGAAGUUACCCAAAAUGAAGCUGCCUAAAUUCAGUACGCCUGAGUUCCAAGGGGAAGGCCCAGAUGUGGAUGUAAGUCUUCCAAAGGGAGAGAUUGAUAUUUCAGGUCCUAAGAUAGAUAUUGGCGCUCCUGAUUUGGACAUUGAAGGUCCCGAAGGAAAACUGAAAGGGCCAAAAUUUAAGAUGCCUGAGAUGCAUUUUAAGACACCCAAAAUCUCAAUGCCAGACAUUGACUUAAAUUUGAAAGGUCAUAAAAUGAAGGGGGACUUUGAUGUUUCUGUUCCCAAGAUUGAGGGUAAUCUUAAAGGUCCUGAAGUUGAUAUCAAAGGCCCAGAAUUUGGGAUUAGAAGUCCUGAGCUUGAUGUUGAGUGUCCAGAUGUGACCACUGAGGGCCUUGAGGGAAAUGUUAAACUUCCCAAAUUUAAGAAACCAAAAUUUGGUUUUGGAAUUAAAAGUCCUAAGGCAGAAAUCAAAUCUCCUGAAGUGGAUAUUGCUGUCCCGGAAGGUGAACUGAAUGUGGAGUCUCCUGAUAUUGGCAUUUCUGGCAAAGGAAAGAAAAGCAAAUUUAAAAUGCCUAAACUUCAUAUGAGUGGCCCUAAAAUUAAAGGAAAGAAGGGUGGAUUUGAUAUGAAUCUACCCAGUGGUGAGAUUGAUGCAAAUUUGAAAUCUCCUGAUUUAGAUCUGAAUGUAACUGGCCCAGAGGCAACAAUAAAAGGAGAUAUUAAUGUCAAAUCCCCCAAAGGAAAGAAACCAAUGUUUGGGAAAAUCUCUUUUCCAGAUGUUGAGUUUGAUAUUAAAUCACCUAAGUUCAAAGCUGAUGCUUCUGUGACAGCUCCUAAAAUGGAAGGAGAAUUUAAAGCACCUGAUUUGGAGGUUUCCACACCAGGUAUCAAAGGUGAUAUAAAGUCACCAGGUCUUAACGUUACAGCUCCAAGUAUCAGCGCGAAUCUCCCUGAUGUUAACAUUAGAGGUCCUGAUAUCAAUCUUAAGAAACCUAAGGUCAAACUUCCAAGUGGAAAUAUUGAUAUAGCUGGUCCAAAAAUGGAAGGUGAUCUGAGAAUCCCAGGUAUUGACGCAAACAUUAAUGCCCCUGACAUGAAACUUAAAGGACCUACAGUGAAUCUGCCUUCGGUGGACGUUUCUGCUCCUUCAUUCUCUGCAUCUGAUCUUGAUAUUAACUUGAAAGGACCAAAAGUAAAAGGUGAUGUCAGUCUUCCCACAGCAGAACUGGAAGGUCCAGAAGGAAAACUAAAAUUUCCCAAGUUCUCACUGCCCAAGAUAGGGAAACCAGGUCUGAAUUUAGAAGGAGCUGAUGUGCAGCUCCCCUCGGCAAGUGUGGAUGUUUCAGUUCCGAGUAUUGAAGGAGGUGUGAGUGUUCCUGCAGCUGAAGGACUAGAUGCAAAACUGAAGGGACCUAAGGUGACUAUGCCAUCAGUAAACCUUUCAAUGCCCCAAGUCUCUGGACCUGAUUUUGAUGUAAAUGUGAAAGGACCAAAACUAAAAGGAGACCUGGAUGUUUCUAGUGACCUUAAAGGUCCAAAGGUGGACAUACAUGCACCAGAUGUUGAUAUGAAAGGCUUUGGAGGAAAGCUUAAAAUGCCCAAGUUUAAAUCUCCAACUUUGGAGGGACCUCAAGCAGAUCUGAACAUGAAAGGGGACACUGGAUUUUCUGCCCCGCAAAUUGACGGGGGCAUGAAAGUGCCAGGCAUGGAUGUACAUCUCGGUGCCCCAGAUCUUGAUAUCAAAGAGCCUACAGUGAAAAUGCCAUCAGUAGGUAUUUCUGCCCCAGAUUUUGAUGUAAAUUUGAAAGGACCAAACUUAAAAGGAGAUCUUGAUCUUUCUGGUGGCAUUAAAUACCCAAAGGUGGCUGUAGAUGCACCAGAUGUUAACUUGGAAGGUCCAGGAGGUGCAAUUAAACUUCCUUCACUGAAGCUCCCCCAAUUUGGCAUUUCUACUCCUCAUGUUGAGGGGUCUGACAUGGGUGUUAAUAUUGAAGGACCACAAAUUAAAGGAGACCUUACUGGCUCAGGGAUUGAUGGAGAAUUGAAAGGGCCUACAUUUAAAAUGCAACCACUUAAAGUUUCAGCUCCAAAAAUCUCUGCACCUGACAUUGACUUUAACUUAAAAGGACCAAACCUAAAGGGUGAUGUUAAUAUUGCUGGUGAUGUUAAAGGCCCAAAAGUUGGAGUGGAAGCACCAGAUAUCAGCAUCAAAAGUUCAAGUGGAAAUAUGCAAAUACCGUCGGUUAAACUGCCCAAAUGUGACAUUUCAGGUUCCCAAGGCAUGAAGGUUUCUGGGGUGGGUAUUGCUGCUGAUGCUCCUGAUGUCAGUUUAACAGGUCCUGCCUUCAGUGUAUCAGCACCAAAAGUUUCUGGGUCAGAUUUUGAUGUAAAUUUGAAAGAGCCUAAAAUCAAAGGAGGUUUUGGCAUUUCUGGAGACAUGAAAGCUCCUGAUGUAAAUGUUGGGGCACCACACUUGGGCAUUCAGCAUUCAGGUGGUGAAUUCAAAGGGCCACAGCUUUCAUCUUCUGGUUUUGAUGUAGAAAUGAAUGUGCCAAAUGUUGCAGGGGGUCUUCAUGUUUCUGGACCAAAGAUAGAGGGUAGUCUGAAAGGUCCCAAGGUAGGAAUCAAAGGUCCUGGCAGAGAUAUGAAUUUUCCACAAAGUAACUUAGAAAGUGCAUCAGGAAAAGUGACAUUCCCCAGGAUGAAAUUGCCUAAAUUUGUGUCUUCAGGACAUGAGGUAACAGGAAGAGAAGUAGGGGUUGAUGUUAACUUCCCUCAGCCAGAUGCCAGUAUCCAUGCUGGUGCGGUGGAGGCUGAGUUUGAAGAGCCAGAUGUCAAACUUAAGAAAUCUAAAAUUAAGAUGCCAAAGUUUAAUUUUUCAAAACCUAAAGGCAAAGGCGCCAGUGUUGGCUCACCAGAAGCCUCCGUGUCCAUUUCAGGAUCUAAAGGAGAUUUGAAAAGUUCCAAGGCAAGUCUAGGUUCUAUGGAGGGUGAACUGGGGGGAGGAGAGGCUGCUGCCGCUUCACCUAAAGGGAAGUUUUCGUUAUUUAAAAGCAAAAAGCCACGUCAUCGGUCAUCUUCCUUUAGCGAUGAACAUUCCUCCCAGUCAACCCCCACUGGCACCUUGGAGUUUGAGUGCAGCUCAGGAGCAGAGAAAGAAAAGCAGGCCAAGAUGAAAUUUGGAACAUUUGGAGGGAUAGGAUCAAAAAAUAAAGGUUCUUAUGAGGUAACUGGAAGUGACGAUGAAGCAGGAAAGAUACCAGGGAGUGGGGUAUCGUUAACGUCCAAGAAAUCCCGUCUGUCUUCCUCUUCGAGUAAUGACAGCGGGACAAAGGGGGGGUUCCAAGUGCCAGCGGUAGAACUGACCGUUGCCAAAAAGAAAGAGUAAAGCGUCCGUGUAAAUAUGUCUGUGUAUAUAUAUAUACCUUCUGUGUGUUUGUAUAUAAAUUUCAUAGCUUGAAAUAUUUUCAACGUCAGCAAUAAAAUGAGUGGCACCUAGUGAAAUGUUAGACUUCAUGUUGCCUACCCAAAAGAGAGGAGAGUUUAAAAGCAAGUGACCUUGGAGCUGUACCACAGUUCAUCUGAUGUAUUUGAAAGUUUUGUGUUCAUGACUUUGGUUUGCGCAUUAAAUGCUGAGAGCUUAAGUUUACUAGCAAGCUAUUUUGAUAUCCUUUUCAUUUUACUGGAUAUUUUCAGUGUUGGUUUAUGGAAAUAAUGUUUCCAUUUUAAUUACCUUUUGGCUUUUAUUUGCAGGGCUUACAUUUCUAUAAUGAGAAUGGAUAUAUUGAAAACAGUGUAAAAUAUAUAGAUACAACUGAAAUAUGUCACUUCCCCUUGUAAUGUGGGGUUUAAAAUGACACGGAGUGUUUAUCACAGAAAGCUAUGGUUUCUAUUAGCUUUGAUAGUUGUGGUGGUAAGAAAAGUACCCCAGUUUAAUUUAAGACUAGUGAAUCCUGGUUGCUUAUGAUGAAAAACAGAAUUUACCAAUAAAUGACUAACCUGUUUUGGUUGGAUUUGACUGACACCAUCUUAGUUGUCUCCGUAUGUUUGUUUCAUUAUUUGUAUUAUAAGAGAGGACUUUUCUUAGUUAUGGUGCAAAAAUCUGUGACUGCCACUUUUCUGAUAUUUGUUAUAAUUUCUGUUAACAAAUGUAUCUUGAUUUAAAAAAAAUCUUUCAGCACUUUAAUGGCAAAUGAAUUGAGAAUGUAAGAAGAUUGAUCUUGUAAAAUGCAAAUAAACUGUUUAUUAACCUUG